UUUUCUAUAUUCAAAUGACAUUGGACUGUAACUGCUCUCAUCUUCAUUUGUCUUUGUCCCUUUGAUAAUAUUUUACCAGAAACAGGCAGUUUUAGACAUGCUGAAAAAUAUCAGCGUCAUAAUAGAUUGCAGUUUCCCCAUGUGGAGGCAGAUAAAUGUCUCACCGCGAGCCUUUCCACAUAUCAGCUGCGCCCUUUAAAGUCUCCGUCUAACCUUGAACACAAAUGCAAAAGCUCAUCCCCAUCUGAGUUAUCAAUAGGCUGCAUCAUCGCUCAUCUUCCCCUCAUCAUCUUCCGCACCUUCUCCCUCCCUCCUUCCCUCCCCUGUCUGUCCAUCUCCUCCCUCUGCGCCUUUUCACGCACAAAACAAGUCGGAGCGCACACACGGCUGGCGGAGAAAACGGGAGAGACAAUAGACAAUAGUUUCGGGGUCAUCAUGGUAUUUGGAUUUUUACCGUAGGCAACAUGCGCGCCGCCACCGGACUGUGAGAUAACAGGUGAACCAUCUGUAAGCGCGUGUGUUCGUUUGCUGGCCGAAAGUUUCUCCAGAUUUUUAAUGUUGCCAACCGAGAUUUCAGGAGGAGUGUGUUUCACCUCAAGCGAUCACACUGAGGGAAGGAGAGAAGGGAUGAAAACAGAGGAAAGCCCGCAGUCCUGUCUGCAGCAGCCUCCAUCCUCAACGCCUUUUGGUCCGGAGUACAGAGGAGGGGGAGAGGUGUGCGCCGGCUGCGAGUCUCCCAUCGCCGACCGCUUCCUGCUGCGCGUGAACGAGCGCUCCUGGCACGAGACCUGCGUCAAGUGCGCCGUGUGUUUGAGCGCGCUCACCGGAACCUGUUACUGCAGGGACCGCCUGCUGUACUGCAAGCACGACUAUGAAAAGCUGUUUGUAAGGAAGUGCAGUGCCUGCCUGCAAGUGAUUGGACGUUCAGAGCUGAUAAUGCGCGUGCUUGGCCAGGUGUACCACCUCGGCUGCUUCACCUGCUGUGAGUGUGAACGCCGGCUGCAAAGAGGUGAUGAGUUUGUGCUGAAAGAAGGCCAGCUGCUCUGCCGCAUGGACUAUGAGAAGGAAAGAGAAAUGUUGGCCGCCAUUAGCCCCACACCGACUGAAUCAGUGAAAAGUGAGGAUGAGGAUGGUGGAGGAGGCUCUGGUGGAGGGAAAGGUGGCGAUGAAAGCAAGGAGCACAAGCGUUCAAAACGGCCCCGCACCAUCUUGACCACACAGCAGCGCCGUGCUUUCAAGGCCUCUUUUGAAGUGUCUGCUAAGCCUUGCCGCAAGGUGAGAGAGACACUGGCUGCUGAGACUGGGCUGACAGUGCGUGUUGUGCAAGUGUGGUUUCAAAACCAAAGAGCCAAGAUGAAAAAGAUAGCUCGCAGACAACAGCAACAGCAGCAGCAGCAGCAGGAACAAGAGCAGCUGGGAGGCACCAGGAGAGGACCAAGCAGAGGGGGCCGUCAGAGCAAUGACGACAGUGAGGAUGGCUCUAGUACCCAUGGCAUGGAUGGGAUGCUGGGAUAUCCCUCUCUGCCACGUCAGCAGCUACUCGCUCUGGACCCCAACAUCUACGGCGGAGAGCCAUUUCGACAUGGGCUUACACCGCCACAGCUGAACAACGAGCAGCUCCACUCCUAUGACUCAGAGACAGUGUUCCAUGACCUGGACAGUGAUGGAAGCCUCGGUCACCUUGGAGACUGCCUCUUGGCAACAGGCGAUGGCAGUCUCCUGCCAGGGCGAGUGGGAAACCCCAUCGACCGCCUCUACUCCAUGCAGAACUCCUACUUCACCUCCUGACCCUCAUAAACUCUCACCCUUCCCACUCCUGUUCCACCUUUCACCUCAGAGAUGCAGCUAAUGGAGUCUGUCCAUCAACAUGGCUGUGGGACCACUCUCCAUGAAACACCCAAACACACUUCUAAGCUGUUAACACAGGCCAGAAUCAUCAGGCGUAGUCAUAAUAUCACUUUUCAGCAGAUUAAGCGUCACGUUCCCAUCAUCCCUCCUUGAUAAGAAUCACAUGCUGGAAAUACAGACACUGUAAAUGUCCAAGAUAUGUAAAAAAAAAAAAAAGACCUCAAUUUCUCCUGUUGUAUUUAUGUAAUGUUCAAUGAAAUAUGUUUCAUGGCACUUUCCAACAAAAACAAAAGACAAACACAAGACACUUAUCAAACAUAUUAAUAUGUAUAUCAUGAUUUACAGGCGAUAAUUGGUUGUUGAAAGUGAAUUCAUCAAUCAAGUUUCGUGUAUUUAAGAGUCUUGGCGGGCCUUACGAGCAGCUGAGGGUCUUAAAUAAAUUAGUAUAUUGCAGAAGCUUUUUUUUAACAGGACUAGUGAUUAGUUAUUGUGUGUGAAAGACUACGGCGUAUACAAUUCUGUAUAUGGAUUGGAGUACAAUUUUGCUCUCAGGUUAGUGUGUGUGUUUAUGUAACCUGAGCUAUAACUCAGGAUAUUGUGAUGGAUAGGAUUACAAUUUAACUUGCCCAGUGACUUCAAGGACAUAGAUUGCAAAGAGGAAGAAACUCUAUAUAAAAUGGUCAUGUUACACUAUAUUUUUAGUUUUUGGUAAUGCAUGACAGGUAUAACAUGGACCAAUAAAGCAAAUUUUUUAGCACUUAGACAACACUACAGGGUAAUUUGAGGAGCCUUAUGCGGAAACAGGGUUGUAUAGAUGAUUAUUUCUUUAGCUUACCCUUCUCUUUUGUAAUAAAUGAUGGAAUAUUAGGGCCACAUUGUUAAAAAAAAACAAUGGCUUCAGAGAAUUAAGUCAUAAUAUUUCAAGAAUAAAAUAAGUCAAGUAUUUCAAGAAAAGUAAACUUGUAAUUUUACGAGAAAAAAGUCACAAAAUUACAGGAACAAGUCAUUUUUUCAUGAUCUUAAAGAUGUACUAUGUCAAGAAAAAAAAGUUGGCAGAUUACACUAAUAAAGUAACCCCCCCCCAAUUUCCAAGUUUAUUUCCACUUUAUAGUAUGGCAUUGUUUACUGGAAAGAAAACUUUAUUCUCAUUAAAUUACAAUUCUUUUUCUCAAAAUGAAGACUUUAUUCUCAUAAUAUUAUGAUUUCUAUUUUCAAAAUCUCUCACAUUUUUUUUCAGUGUGGCCCUCAUACUCUGUUAUAACGCAAACACGAAAAGCAGUGCAGUAAAUAACAACCAAUAGCUCUAUAAUGCCCUAAAGUUAGGACAAUAAGCACAUGAUGAUGUGCUCUCAAAUGUAAAUGUGAGUAUGACUGUGUUACAAUUAAUAGCUGUAGUCAAUUUCUGUGAUUUCUUUCUCAAACACCUCAAAUUGGAUGUUGCUAGAUAGAUAUUUUGUACCCUCUUCUGUGAUAAUCAGCAAAUAUUUAAACUGUAGCAUGAUAUUUAUGUGUCACAAAGUAGGUCUAAAGACUCCAAACUGAAGUGGGAUAGUGCAGAAAGCAUCGGGAUCAGACUCACAAUGUGGUGCAGAAUAAAAUAGGAUUAGGGUGUUUCAUUUAGGCGCCAGUGAUCAGCUACAGCUUGUGACAUUCUAUCAUGACGUUAUGUUUGACUCUGAUCACGGAUUCAUGGUAUUUUUACAGUGAUAUUUUUGUGAAUGUAACUUAUUUGUGCGGUAUUAGGCGAGUUCCUAUCUUACGUUUUUUGUUCAGUGACUGCCAGGUGAUGUGCUUUGAAUGUAAUGUUGCCGUAUCUUCAAUACAAUCUGCGGUUUCAUCUUUGAAGUGCGCUUGCCUUAUUGUCCUAAAUAUGGUAAAUUAUGAUGCAUUGAUCACUCAUCUGGUACAAACCAAAGAUAUGAAAAGAA